AUGGAUAGGCCUAACGCUAGACGAAGAGCUUAUGAAUUAGCAUUUGAAAGUGACAGUGAAGAAGAGUACGUUGUUCGGCGACCUAGGUGGAUAAAAGAAAGGGCUAAUGAUUUUGAUGAUUUGGACGAAAUUGAUUUUGUUACCGGAUAUAGAUUAUCAAAACGCACUACUUUAUCAGUUUUGGAAACAAUCGAAGACGAGCUGGAGUUCCCAACAGACAAAAAUGACUGUGUGGCACCAAUCAACCAGUUACUCUGCGCCCUUAGAUUUUAUGCAACAGGCUGCUACCAAUCGGUAUCUGGAGAUUUAAGUGGGUUCAGCACAUCCACUUCUCACCGAAUUGUCCACAGAGUUAGCUGUGCUAUAGCUGCAAAGCGUGGGGAUUUUGUCGUUUUCCCGAAAACGCAAGAGGAAAUUAAAAGAGCUCAGCUGAAGUUCUAUGACAUAGCUCGUUUCCCAAGGGUUGUUGGUGCCAUAGAUUGCACCCAUAUUCGAUUUGGCAAAUGCCCUGAUUCUGCAAAUGGUGAGGUAUUCAGAAAUAGGAAAAACUACUUCUCACUAAAUGUCCAGGCUGUUUGCAAUGCGGACCUAGAGAUUACUGAUAUCGUAGUGAGGUGGCCAGGAAGCACCCACGACUCAUAUAUCUUCAACAACAGCCGACUAAAGAGAAUGUUUGAAGAAGGGAGGUAUGGAAAUGCUGUCUUGGUUGGAGAUUCGGGGUAUGCCUGCAAAAACUACAUGAUGACUCCAUUAGAUGUUUGCAACACUCAACCAGAACAUUUGUACAAUGAGUCGCAAAUACGGACUCGAAAUCCUGUCGAAAGAAUGUUUGGGGUGUGGAAAAGGCGAUUUCCGGCUAUGGCGUUAGGCCUGCGCUUAAGCUUAGAGAACUCAGUGCCUGUUAUUGUUGCAACGGCUGUGCUCCACAACAUAGCACAGCAAUCGAGAGAAGAGCUUCCUCCUGAUGACCAGGAAUUGGUUUUACCUGCUCCGUGGGAGACUCUUAUAGCAGAGGGUAACAUGGGUAUGCCUUAUGUUCCCGCUGGUGGACCUCAGAGAGAAAAUGUCAACUUCCUAGCACGACAGUCUUUAGUGACGAAUCAUUUUACCAGACUUGCUCAGUUGGCAGCUGAUUAUUGAAGACACG